GCCAGCUGUUUCUUAUCAAUUCGUUUUGCCUUUCAGAGCUGCACUUUGCAUCGUUCCUGGUGCUGCUAUUUCUGUAACAGAUCGGAUAGGAAGAGUGGUGCAGCAGUGCACUGUAAUGCUACCACUGGGGAAACCCUACCGCUUGUUUUUAGAUCAUAUCCUGAAGGAAAGACCCCGAAUAGGAGCAGGAGGAAAAGGGUGGAUGGAAGAACCUUGAAAACCUGGGAAGAGGGGGGAUGAUAGCGGGAUAGAGGACAAGGGAGACGGUGGGAGGGAAGACAUGACGGGGCGGAGAGCAGAGUAGCGAUGAGACAGGAUGACACAGGGACGGAGAUGCGUAUUUUGCUGCAUGACUCCAGUGCGUCAGCAACGGAUAGGGAGCCGGAGCGCGUCACAGACAGUCUCUCCCCAAAUCUUAACGGAUACCGCAGUGCUACCGGUAUAACGCAGGCACAUGCAGCUGCCUGGGAACAGAUCCCGGCAGCAUCAUACGCUAGGGUCCGUCCGGUAAAGCAGCAGGAGGAGGAUCGGCUAAAGCUCCGAGAUAAUCGGGCAUCAUCAUUUCCUAGACCCCGACCAGACCCAGCAGCUGGAGCGCGGAGAGCAGCAGCAUAGAGGAGACUCUGCCGGGCUCGCGGACCAGCACCAUGCACUAGGCUCGAACCGAGCCCCCGCUGGCAUCAUGCACUAGGCUGCACAACACAAGCGGCAGAGCGGUGGGGCCGCUGAGCUUCGCGGAAGAGCCAGCGGCAGCCGCAGGAACGGAGAGCUCUGGGCAUGCAUUAGACUUGGGCUCAGCCCUAGCAGCAGCCGCCCCGCUCAUCCUAGUCGCCCUCUCGCCCCCCAUGGAUAAGGCGACCUCGCUGCACACUUCAGUGCCCACGCCUCCCCCUCGGCUCUACCUGCCUCGCAACUUCAGCUGCAGCGCCUGCCUCUAUGGCAGCCUGGCCGAGCACUGCAAGGGGGACUGCAGCCCGGAGCGCGAAGGGGAGCCGUCUCCCACGCCGGUGGUCCGAGAAGCGGCAGCCGCCGGAGAGAAGCCGCAGCCUUCCCGCGGCCGGGAGCCCUCGGUGCCUCCUGUGCCCCCCAGCCCCACGCUGCGCCGGCGAGCCAAGUCGCUGCCCACGCCCGGCGAGCGCAGCCUGCGGCCGGCCUUGCAGCAGAGCCCGUCCCGCAGGAAGACCGUGCGCUUCGCCGACUCGCUGGGCCUGGAGCUCAUCUCCGUGCGCCACUUCUGCGAAGCCGACCUGCCCCAGGUGCCGGUGCCGCUGCCCCUCCCGGCCCGCGCCGCCGACCUCUUCAAGACCAGGAAGCCGCCGGCGCUGGGCGAGCUGGAGCCGGUGCUGUUCGGGCCGUCGCCGCUGUUGGAGCCCCUCUUCCCGCCGCAGCCCGGCGCCAGCCCCGGCUUCGCGGAGCGGGUGCGGCGGCACAAGGUGAAGCUGGAGUGGGUGCGGGCCGAGCCCGCCGGCCUGCGCGGCGCCGUGCGCGUCCUCAACCUGGCCUACGAGAAGGCCGUCUCCGUGCGCUACACCCUCAACCGCUGGGUCAGCUGCGCCGAGGUGGCGGCCGCCUACCUGUCGCCGGGCCCCGCCGACGGCCUGACCGACCGCUUCUCCUUCCACCUGCCGGCGGCGGCCGCGGGGGGCACGCUGGAGUUCGCCGUGCGCUACCGGGUGGCCGGCACCGAGUACUGGGACAACAACGAGGGGCUCAACUACCGGCUGCGGGGCCGCCAGCGCGCAGCUCGGGCCGCCACUUCCCCGAACGAGGAGCCCGAUGGCGGCGCCUGGAUCCACUUCAUCUGAGCGGCCUGCGGCUGGACCGUGGGGCGUCGCCUGCUCUCUCCCGGGGAGAACCGAGCUCCCUCGCCCCCUUCCCUCCCUGACCCAGGCCACCCUCGCCGCCUCAGCACCCUUCCCUGACCCGGCAGCCUUGCCGGUUCAGCGGCUGCUGGGCGCGUUUCUCACAGGCCGUGCGGUUGGGGGAGGAAUUUCCCGCCAUGAAUGUGACCGGGCCCCCUGGAGCAUCGAGCGGGUAUCGUGUUAGAACCCACGGGGCUGGCCCAGGUACAUCCAGCCCGCCAAGGAUUCUAUGGCCGGGGACUGGGGAAUAGGAGCAAGCAAGUACGGUUUGGCAGGUCCAUCCAAAUCUCUUUUCUAUUCCACUAAAAAUUGUACUCGGUAUACUGAGCUUUUCUACGAGAUCUUGGGGGAUCUGAGAUAGUUUUCAAUGUUAUCUACAGUUAUCCUCUUCUGCCUUGUCAUUUAUCCGCUCCACUGUAAUCUUGCCACUUUUCUCACAGAUAUAGUUUGCCCUGCAGUUAGUCACAGUCUCUUAGUUUUAAAAUGCUUGUUUAUAUUUCACUAGAAGAUAUUUUUUGAAUUCUGUUUACAAAUAAAUAUAAAUUAUUUAUAUUUUCUAUUUAACUAACUUUAUUUAGGGGAAAACAUUUCAAACUUCUUUGCAAAAGCAAAGCAUAAGAAGUGUGCAAGUCCUAUACUGUAAUUUGUGAGUUCCACCAUAUCUUCCACCUCAAGUUUGCUACAUUUUUGUUGUUAUAAUAGAAGUUGUUGUAAAGUACGGAUUGGACAAUUGCAGAAUAAUCUGUAGCGAACUCUAUUUAUAUGGCCUCUAGCUGCUAGUCAUCACUGGGAACCUGGAGGGCAAGCAAGCCAGCUCCAGUGACUUGGAGAUCAAGUCCAGCUCUCAUUAAAAUUGAUGGGACUUGGAUCAGGGCCUAGAAGCAUAGAGGACAAAUAUGAUAAUGAGCCUGAUCCUGCAUCCCUAGCUCACUGGAGUAGUCCUACUGAAGUAAGCCCCCAAUCCAGCAAAUUCAUAAACAGUUUGGACCCCUGCUCAAUGCCCCAUUGAUGUCAGUGUAGUUUUAUGUGGGCAUAGGAAUCCACUCAGGUGUGUUACUUUGCCAGAUUGGGACUUCACUUCAGUGAGCAAAUACUACAGUAUUGGGCCCAAACCAAUGCUGAGUGGUGGAGCCCAGAAGAUCCUUUGCGUGGGUUUAUUUCUCAAGCUACAAAAAUAAUUCAAUUUAAAAUAAAGUUUUUAAUUUUAGAACUUUGUUUUAUCUAUUGAAAAAUGUUUAGAAGAGUGCUGAGAAAGCAAAAUACUGUUAAGUGUCAAUUCCACUGUGUCCACGCAGUCCAUUGCACUGUGAUUUGUGCAUUAAAACACAGUCAGUUAAGGAUUAGAUUUUCAAAUACACAAAUUGGAUGUGCUUGCAAGUGUAAGUCCAAAUGCAGUCUUUCAAGUCUAUGUUUGCAUACAGAAUAUGCAUCCUCAUAUCAGGCACAUGAAAAUUGGCACAUGUGAAAAUCUAGGCUACAAACCUCCAUCCUUGGUGUAACCAGUUUGGUAUUAAAUAGUUUUUAAUUGUAUAUACGUUUUGACAAAUGUUGGAGAAUGUAACUGGUUUUCAAAAACGUGUGUUCAAUUGAUAUUUGUUUUAAAAACUACAUAAUACAUUUUUUGUAAAUAUUUAUGUAAAAAUCUGAUGUGGCUCAGUGGGACCGCUCACAUUAGUAAAGCUACUUGCAUGCAUAUUUGCAGGAUUGAGUCGUUAAAUCCCACUGAAGCAAAUGGGGAUUUGCCUGAAUAAAAAAUGAGAUUUGAACCCA